AUGUCAAAUUUACUUGUCAUAAAUUUCGAAAUUAUUCUUAUUAUUUUAAAAGUGAUUAUUAAUAUCUUAGGCCAGGAUACAGUUACAUCGAAUUAUGAAUUCUUUAAUGAAUGUUAUGGUGAGUUGGGUUGUAUUUCAACAGAUAUUAAAUGGUACAAUGAAACAUAUAGACCAGUUAAUUUAAAACCUUUAGAAAGGCAGAAAAUAAAAACUGAAUUUUUAGUGAUUAAUAGAAAUGCAAACAAUCAAAGUGAACUUACAUAUAGUACAGUAACCAAUGAACCUCAAUUUUUAAAAACAGUAUGUUUCGGUUCACACAAGAAGUUAUUAUUAUUAAUUCACGAUUUUACAAGUAAUGGAUACACCGGCUGGAUAAAGCACAUCGCACAAAAACUGAUUUGUGAUAAUUCUUACAUUAUAAUAUCUGUUGAUUGGCAAAAUGGAGCUGAUCCGCCACUGGACCAAGCUGUGGCAAAUGCAAGGCUAGUUGCAUUGGAAAUAAAUUAUUUUUUGAAAAAUGUUCAGGUAUAUAGUUUUGUAUAA